AUGCCUGGCGCCAUUGAGCUUUUCGUUCGGCCGAAGCUGCAGACAGCCACUCCCAAGGACCAUGCACGCUCACCAAGCUACGAGAACGACGGCCACACCGAAUGCAGUGUUCGCUGGCAGCAUUUCUCGGCAUCACCCUCGCCUGCUGAAUUCGCCUUGCCCAUCUUUGACGAGCAGGUUUGCACGAUAAUUAUCAUCAUCAAGGAUGGGCGGACUACCCCCCGUCCAAUAUCGCCGUCCGCUUACCCAGCUGGGUUGAUGGACCCCGACUGUGUUUCUUCAAACAUGCCGCGUUACUGCACCGCGACGUCGGUCAGCGUCCGUUGA